AUUUACCAUUUCUUAUCAAUAUAUCCAUCUCUUCCCCUAACAACUAAAUUCACUGUUCAGCAAAGCCCAUUCAUAAAGCACGUCCAAUUCUAUAUAAAAUAUAUAAUUUUAAUUAGGUUAUCUCCAAACCAACAUGGAUGAAAGUGAGAAACUCCAAUAUGAAGACACGUGUAAGCAAUUACGCGCCGACCUCAAGCAUUUCGAGGCCGACUGGGCAAGCCGCAAUGGUGGCGCAAAGCCAGGUCGUGAGGACAUCAAGAACAAUCCAGAAAUAGCUCGCAAAUAUAAAAAGUACAACCAAGUCCGUGAUAUCUUGUCGGGGAAGAUUCCCCCUCCAAAGAACAAAUCGAAGGAAUCGUCAAGUUCGCGAAAACGUGAGCCGGAAGAAGCUUCCGCAGUGACACCUUCAAAACGUCCAAGACCUGCCGAGACACCUUCUCAUAUACGAGAGCGAAUCAUAGAUCCAGAGAUGUUUGCGACGCCAUCCUCGCGGAAACUGUUCAGUCCAGCUGUGCCCACGUCAGUUGGGCCUACCCCUCAGAGGGAUGGACGUAUUCUAGGUUUGUUUGACUUGUUGGACGAGAACGAUGAAAACACGCCCUCGAAAAAUAGGAGGAGCGGCUCCUUGGGAGACAGCGCAAUCCAUGCCACUCCCAGCAAGAAUGCCACUAGUGAGAAUGUUGAUGACGCCGUCAAACUGAAUAAAACACCCACAUCGAACAAGCGCACCACGCUUUUUACAACACCCUCGCGACGGGAUAGAAAUACUCCUCUAGGUAGAACGCCAAGUUCUAUCCGCAAGUUGCAACUGACUACACCAUCUUUCCUCAGAAGAGCGCCCCUGACAACAGUGGAUGAGAAUGGCGACUACAUAGCUCCGGCACCCUUACGCCUUCCUCGUAAACCUUUAGGUCGUAGUCUAAGUAGCGCAGUGGCAAGUCUGCGGAAGCUCGAGGAAGAAGCGCUGGAUGACGAUCUCGAAGCAUUACGCGAGGUGGAGAAUGAUGCUAACCAGCCGGCCCCUUCAAAGCCUGCCAAGAAAAGCGAGAAUAUUCUCGAGCCGGAUAGUCAGGCACAACAGCUCCUUGGUGGAUUUGACGAUGAGGCACUUUAUGAUAGUCCGACAGAAGAACAAGUGGGCCGUAACGGGCAGCCUCUAAAGAUCUAUAAGAAAAAGGGGCAGAAGCGAACUACGCGACGAGUCAAUAUGCGGCCUACUAGAAGCAAGCGGCCGCAGAUGCCCUCGGAGGAACAGCCGGGGACUGGAGACGAAGGUGACGUUGUGCCUGAGACGCAGGCUGGCUUGACGAAGGAGGGUGACAGUCCGCCGCUAGAGUUGGGCUCCGAUUCUGACUUCGACCCCACGGAGGACGAAGGCCAAGAGCCUAAAGAGAAGAAGCUUGCUGAAAAGAAAAAUAAGGCGGAGAACAAACACGGGAAGGUCCAAAAGGCAGUAAGGAAGGUUAACGAGCUAGCCCACGCGAACUUCAAGAGACUGAAGCUGAAGAAUCAUGGAGCGAAAGGGCCCCCGACUGGGUUCGGAGGUAGAUUCCGGCGCCGUAGAUAAAUAAGCGCACAAGCCCUUGAUACUACCGCAUUCCAUGGCUAUGAUUAUAUUUGUUGGACUUUAUUUAGUUACCUAGGUACCUAGGUACUUAAGCGUUAUGAUCUUAUUAACCUAUAUCCACCGUUAUGUGAUAUUACUUGGCAAGUAGAAUUCAUCUGCGUAACAAGCUUCAAUUAGGAAUAGCGCCGUACGUAGCCACUUGACCUCGCCUACCCAGUACCAGCCCGGUGUAAUAUACCUCAUACUAGGCUGGUUCCGAUUUGGCUAAUCUUGUAUGGUAUACCAGUUUCGAUGGGGC